CGCUAAGUCGUUCCACUUACCUUCCCAUCCUUAACCUUAAGCUCUGUUUUCUCUUCUGCCCCUCGCCUCUCUCUACGCUUUUUCCUUCAUAAAACGUGGGAGAUUCGUCAAGCCAAAUCCAAAUUUUCCUCUUAGUUUUCCAUAGCUAAACAACACAUUUUUUUUUCUCCUUUGAGUAACUUCUAUACUUUUCACUAUCCCCUUUUAACAGUCGAUUUCUUCUUACAUAAUAUAAAAUCAUCCGUUUGAUUUUCUAACAAAACAAAUCUGUGGUUCUGCUGUGCAUCCCUUUUUGAGCAUGUCCCAAAGGAACCCAUCUUAUGCAAACCCAAAACCAUGCAAUCAUCUCGCAGAUUACAAGCUCAGAUUUGGCUUAGACGGCUAUAAAUCCCUUCAAAAUCGCCUUAAAACCACCCCCAAUGGCAGAACCAGUAUCCAAAACCCCGAUUUGGAGCUACCCAGAUGCUGUUCUUGCGAUGGGUAUAAAGGAAGACUUUACCUAUGCUUGAUUUGUGCUUCAAUCUCCUGCUCGAAUCACACCCUUCUCCAUAACCAAUCUGAAAAUGGCCACGAUUUGGCUGUUGAUCUUGAAAGAGCUGAGCUCUUUUGCUAUUCUUGCUUCGAUCAGGUUUACGACCCCGAUUUUGAUCGUACGGUGAUGUCGAAGCACAUCAUCGCCGCACCGGAGAAAUCGCAGGCGGCGGCGGCGGCGGCGGAGAGUAUUGGGGAGAGAUCGAGUAAGAGAAGGCGAUUGGGGUCUUUAGAUUCAUCGGAUUUGAAGAAGUUGAAACCGUUGAUUUCUGUAAAAGAUCAGCGGUCGAAAUCGUGCUACCCUUUGGGAUUGAGGGGGUUGAAUAACUUGGGGAAUACUUGUUUUAUGAACUCUGUUCUUCAAGUGUUUCUUCACACUCCUCCUUUGAGCAAUUACUUCUUGAAUGAUCAGCACAACCGUGAAACUUGCGGGAAAAGACCCAUUGGGCAGCUGUGUUUGCCCUGUGACAUUGAUGGUAUUUUUUCUGCUGUGUUUUCUGGGGAUCAUAUGCCUUACAGCCCAGCCCAGUUUCUCUACAGGUCUGCCAUUGUAUGUCUGUUUGUUUUUCCUGAGCACUCUGCAAAUUUAGCAUGUUAUGAGCAGCAGGAUGCCCAUGAGUUCUUCAUCUCGGUUUUAGACAGAAUCCACGAGCGAGAAUGGAAAUCUAGGAGUCAAGAUAAAGCAGAGAAUGGAGAUUGUAAAUGCAUUGCUCACAAGGUAUUCUCUGGACAGUUGAGAUCAGAUGUAACUUGUAUGACCUGUGGGUUCACUUCAACGACUUAUGAUCCAUGUGUGGACAUUUCACUUGACUUGGACACCCGGGAUUCCGCUUCUAAAAACAGCACUGGCAAGUCUGUGAAGCCAGCGGACUGCAGCAGUACAUCGACACUUUCCGGGUGUUUGGAUCUGUUCACGAGGCCAGAAAAGUUGGGAUCCGACCAGAAACUUUUCUGUCAAAACUGUCAAGAAAUGAGAAAUUCAGUGAAACAAAUGUCUAUCAGAAGGCUGCCGUUGGUACUGUGUUUUCAUAUUAAAAGAUUUGAGCACUCUUUUGUCAGGCGAACGUCGAGAAAAAUCGACCGGUAUUUGCAGUUUCCUUUCUCCCUGGACAUGAUCCCGUAUCUGUCAUCUUCUAUUAUCAGAAACAGGUAUGGUAAUAGGAUUUUUGCUUCCGAGGGGGAUGAAUUAGAUUCUUCAUCGAAGUUCGAGGUUUUUGCGGUGGUUUCUCAUUCAGGGACGCUUGAAUCUGGCCAUUAUGUGACAUACUUGCGAUUGAGAAAACGAUGGUAUAAAUGCGACGAUGCCUGGAUUACCGAAGUUGAUGAAGAAAUGGUGAGAAAUUCGCAGUGUUACAUGAUGUUUUAUCUACAAAAAGUGGUCAACUACAAACCAAAUGAGGAUUUGAGCUGCCUUCCAAUUUCUCAAUGUAACGAUGCAUUCCAUCAAAUCGCUGGUUGCUGUUAAUCGUGAGAUCUGCUGAAGGUUUCUCGAUUGCGCCUCGUACAUUCAACGCCGAUAAAGCAUCCAAAUGAAAGGUCAGAUGAUCAGUGUACUUCAGAAGAGGAGAUUGACAUAUUCUCUUCAAAGUUGUGUCCUUGAACGUUUCUGCUGCUUUAUCUCUUUGAAUGCGAGAAUUUGGUUACCAAGUUUGAAUCAUUUACGCUCGAGAAAUGAACUGGACAAAUGUGACCUUAAGUGGGUCACUGAGGUCCGACUGAUGGGACAAUUUGAAAGCAAAAAUGUCAUCGAUGGCCAACAAAAUGUUCACAUUCGAUGUUCGAUGUUAGACAUUCGAAUGUGUAGUGUUGAUUCAGUGAUGGCCUGAGAUCAAUAACAGGUGCAAUAUGGUUUGUAAGAGCAUUGAUGAGCCAUGGGAAGGCUGUUACAUUUUUUUUUAAUAAGAAAGCCAAAGGUUCAAGGAAUUCAAAACUUGAUCUUUUGAAAAUUGUAAUAAGUUCUAAGCCCUGCUCAUCAAAAGAAAAACCAAAUCCUGCAUGGUUAAUUCAAGAUUCUGACUUUUGUCCUUUUGAAUCA